AUGUUUCUAAUUGCCUUUUUCAGCAAAAAAGAUGUACUAGAUUACAAAGAUGCCCGUUGUACUAGCGAACAGGAGUCCGAUUUCGAUCUUAAAGGCGAAGAAGACGGAGAUGGUAUUUUCAGCGACUAUUAUGACAUCACUAUGUUUAUAACCCACAACUGCUCCAGUCUAAACAACACCAUUCGGAAAGUCCAAAGAAUUAUCAAGAAGGUUCCCGUAACAGAAAACCAUGUCGAACUUAGCAAUUGGAAAGUCAACGUUACCAACAUAGGAAUGCUUGUGGACUCUUAUCAUUAAGAAAUUUAUGAUAAGUGUUUUCCUGCCUGCUCAAUUGAUUCUGCUUCUGCUUUUUUCAAGUGCUUUACUUGAUUUUUUGGAAGGAUUCACAAUAAA